UCUCUCUAUCCAAUAACAGAAAUGUAGGAUAAAAUCGUUGAGGUGAAAAAACACAUUAUUGGAUACUAUGGUAAAACUACACCAGACCUUCUUCCUUCUUCUACUACUAUUUCCAUGGCUCCUCGAUCGAUGACUCCAGCUCUGAAAACCCUAAAAAGUGAAAAUAAAGCUCGUCUGUCGUCUUGAGGUUGCUUUUGAACAUCUAAGUCGAGAUUGAAAUCUCCCAAAACCUAUUUGGAGCUUGGUUGUUGUUUGAUCUGAUACUGAAGAAAAGGGUUAAGUAGAACAGAUCGGCUCUGGUUACUAGCUCUAAGAGCUUGAAUCAGAUUUCUGUUCUCAGUUUCCGUCUAAAGAAGUUCUUACGGUCAUCUUCAAUUGUAAAUGCUGUUAAUUUACACGUCACUACUUGGUUUUUAGUCAUGGUGAGGCGUCAUGGAUGGCAGCUCCCUGCUCACACGUUUCAGGUUGUGGCUAUAACGGUGUUUUUCUUGCUAUCUGUUGCAUUCUAUGCGUUUUUUGCUCCAUUUCUUGGAAGGGAAAUUUAUGAAUAUGUGGCUAUUGGUGUUUACUCUUUUUUGGCACUUUCUGUAUUUAUUCUCUACGUUAGAUGCACAGCUAUUGAUCCAGCUGAUCCUGGAAUUCUGAUCAGUGGCGACAAGACAUCUACCUAUAGGUCUCAUGAUAACAAUGAUUUGCCUGGGAACACAGCUCCAGAUGGAGAGCCUAGCAAGAAGAAUGGAGAAAAAUUUUAUGGCCAUAUGUCAAGUUGUUCAAAACUUGCUGGCUGCUUCUGUUGUCUUGUGGUAAAAGAAGAUUGCCGGAAUGAUGAAGAUCUUGUGCAGCAACAAUCUGGCGAGGAAGAUGCUUUGUUCUGUACAUUGUGCAAUGCUGAGAUGGUUGUGAGGACCCAUGGAGCCUCCAUCAUUUUUGUCAGGGGGCUGGAACAUCUUGUUCAGGUGCGUAAAUUCAGUAAACACUGCAGAAGUUGUGACAAAUGUGUUGAUGGAUUUGAUCAUCAUUGUCGGUGGUUAAAUAAUUGUGUGGGGAGGAAAAACUACAUCACAUUUGUAUGCCUGAUGGCAGCGAGCCUUGUUUGGCUUAUAGUUGAAUUUGGGGUUGGUAUUGCAGUCCUUGUUAGGUGCUUUGUUGAUAGAAAAGGUAUUGAAAAUCAGAUCAUUGAGAGGCUUGGAGUUGGUUUCUCUAGGCCCCCAUUUGCUACAGUGGUGGCCAUAUGUACAGCUGUUUCUUUUCUGGCCACUGUGCCCUUGGGUGAAUUAUUCUUUUUCCAUAUGCUGUUGAUUCGUAAGGGUAUUACAACAUAUGAGUAUGUCGUAGCCAUGAGAACACAAAGCGAACCACCUGGGCCAUCUGUAGAUGGAGGAGACCAGCAAAGCUUGCCAUCCUCACCAACCAGUUCGGCUGUAACUGCUAUUAGUGGAAGAAGCUCUCUUGGACUAGGCUUGCAAUACAAAGGUGCUUGGUGUACACCUCCAAGAAUUUUCGUGGAUCAUCAGGAUGAAAUAGUCCCACAUUUGGGUCCAGGACGUGUACCAUCCACAGUUGAUCCAGAUGCUGUUGAAUCAUCUGAUAAAGGGAAAAGAUUGGCCCAACGCCCAGUUCGAAUCAGUGCAUGGAAGCUUGCAAAGUUGGAUUCCAAUGAGGCAAUCAAAGCAGCCGCAAAAGCUAGAGCUUCAUCCUCUGUACUACGGCCAAUAAAUUCUUAUCAUCCUCCAUAUGAUGGUGAUCAUUCAUCUAGUGGCAAUUUAAGUGGCAGAAGCAGUCCAAUCAUUUCUGAUCAUGGAUUCAAUAACAGAGAUGCUAGAGCAGGGACUUUGAUGUUAUCUCCUCUCAAGAGUUCUUAUCCUCCAAGUCAUGCCAGCAGGGAAGAUCUGGAAACAUGCGGUCAUAGCAUUAGCAACUUCAGCAGUCCUAGCCACACUAACAAUGCCACCUCUUCUUCAUUACAGCCACAUACUUCUAACAGGGAACACUUCAAUCCAAUAUAUCAGUCUUCAGCAGAUCAGUCUCCUUUAUCAACCAAAGCAAGUGAUGUGAAUGAAAUUGCUCUUCAGGAUAAUUUAGCACAAGAGUUGGUCAAGAAAAACAACAGGGCUGCUGCAGAGAACUCUAGAUCAUCAGUUUUCUGGGAUCAAGAAGCUGGACGCUUUGUGUCCACAACUUCCAGAAAUAUUGGGUUCUCUUCUCAGGGUCCUGGGACAGAGCUUUUGUACACAGGCCAGUCCAUAUUCUUUGGUGGGCCUCUUGUUAAUGAACAGUUAGGCAGAAGUGUCAGAAGUGGAGGUUCAUCUGUGCCCCCAUCUAUGGAGAGAGGGUCUACUUCAAGUCAUAAUCAGUGUCGAGUAGAGAGAGGGGGGCAGCUUCCUGUGUUUGUUCCAAGUGAUUCACAGAUUAACCAGUUUCCUUCCUCUAGAAUGCCUUAAAUGUCUGCUGUGGAGAUACUUUGUUCUUCUAGGAAUAUAAUGAGUUGGAUUAAUGUCUUCUUUCAUUGGUUUUCUUUUUCCUCUCAGUUUGAACAUCUCUUGCAUUUAGAAUCUGGUGAGAUUUUGUUCUUAAAGCAUCUCUGCUGUCAUGUUCACUUUUUUUUUUUGAUAUCUAAAUAGUUAAAUUGGUCAGUUAGUAGAGGUUACUAGGGACAUGGGUGGAGACAUGUGAGAUAUGGAUCGCAAAAGUGUGCAGAACAUUGUAUAUUUUCUGUCAUUCUCCUCAAUGAUAAAAUUUACUGUCCACAUAAUCUUGUAGUAACAGCAAUGUCGUUAGAAAAUAACGGUACCGUAUGAAAGAUGUUCAAUAUUGGUGUUACAUCGUGUAAAUUAUUCUUUUUUGUUUGCAUAAUAAUCUAUUACAAUCUAAACUUGUUGAACAGCUGACAGUCUGAAGUACUAUGAUGAUAUGAUCUUGUUGAGGGGAAGUGUCAAGCAGCUGAGAAAGGAUUUACAGUCCAGGUUCUUCUAUAAUAGAAGUAGAGCAUAUUCUGUUCCCCCAAGUUAAAUAGCUUCCUUGAUUUUCCAAUGUUAUUGAAUACAUCCUUAAAUUCUUUUUCUCCGGUUGUAUUCUUAAGUCCAUUUUGACUGCAUAUAUUGAGGUGUUAUAGUUGUUCCAAGUCAAGAAUCUAAACUCUUAGCUGAGAAUUACAUUAUUGUGUAGGUUGUUAAUUUAUUGGUCCCUUGCCAUGUUUUGUAAAACAUACAUGUCCUUUUCUGCCCAUCUUUUUUUUCCUACAGCGUUAGAAUCAUAGGGUGGGAUUAGCUGUAUUACCCUUUUAUUCUGAAUCUAUAUUUCUUCAAGAAACAAUUUGUAAGAUGUAAAAGAACUUGACCAAAAGCAUGUCUCUAAUGGCUUUACUUUCCAGCUGAAGGGCCACAGGCCCAAUCUUGUUUUUUGUGCCUAUUGCUUAGCCUCCAAAAUGGAUUAGUUCCCCUUGACCCAUAAUUUAGAGAGAAGUUGAGAUGAUGGCUAAGACCAUAUGACUGAAUGGAAUUAAUGACUUAGCUUAAGAGAACUGGACCUCCCUAACACUCUGGAUGGUGAGUGAAGUCAAAUGGCUCGAAGAGGGAGAAACUGAAUACUUGGACUAGCCCUCUUGCUCCAUCUGUUUGUAAGGACAUUUGAGACAAGAUAGCUUCCAAUUGCUCCUACCACCAGGCUAUUCCACCAUAAUUCCAUUCAAAACAUGUUUAUAUCCCACUCUGUAAUGGUGGCUAACCGUCUACAUUGUUUUUUUCUUUUAAAUGUUAUGUAUCAUAUGUAAAUAAUAAUUACUGGCAGACAUAUUCUCUAUGCUUAAGUAGCCAUAUGAGUUCAAUAUUGGAGCUCCUCCAGGAAAAGAAAAGAAGCUUGAAUUUGUCAACAACCCAACUGGUCUUAUUUCUGCCCAGGCUGUACCCAAACCUCGAGCAGCAAUGUACUCAAUGACCAAAGGGAUGAAAGUAGGAGGGAAUGUGAGAAUUUCUCAGUACUUAGCUAUUUCACCAGUUUUCCUCUUAGUUUCUGUACAUUUCCUUUAACGAUCAAUUCCUCCUCAUUAAUGCAACUAUAUUCAUUUUCAACUUGUAAUUUGGCCCACAUAUUUUAAGUGACUAAUUUUCUGAUAAUUGAUUCCAUUGCAGAGGACAGUUAUUAUGCCUCCAGAAGCUAGAUAUGGACAAAAGGGAAUUAGCAAAACUGACCAUACUAUGAAGUGUGGACAUGGUGUCAGAAACUGUCCGUGCUACAGUGGUGUCAGCUCACGUACAUUUUUCAUGUUUCUGUGCAUCUAGUCUAAUUUUUGCUCCCAUGUAAUAAAUUUAAGUUUUUUAUUUGGUAUAAUGUAUAAAUUUUAAUUUAAGAGUGCACUUCCUGUUCACAGAGGACUUUCUCAAGAUUUACAUGCAUAUUACAUCUUGGAGCAUACUUGAAGAGCAAGUAAAACGAAAUGAGAGAAAAAUUGUUAAGUUCAGCAACCAUGUUUAUUUUGCAGCCUAGAGCUACCUUUGAACCGAAUGUGGAGCUUCUACAAAUAAUAGUAUAAUACCACCAGAAGAAAACUAAUUCAAGUUGGGUGACAAGAGGGACAUCUCAGUUGAAUUAAUAUUCUUGCAUGGAAGCCAUUCUUCUCCCUUACUUCCAGAUGAGGUAAUUUUUUAUUUGAGUAAUUCUCCCCCCUGUUACGUGGAUUACCUGUGUUUCCUGUUUCUUUAUUGUAUCUAUGAUACCACUUUUUUGGUAUUAAUUGAAUUUACCAUACCUACUGUCACAAAUAUUGUAAAAGGUUGGGGAUAGUAGGGAGGUUGUAUUCUUGACAAGUAGAGAUGUACCCAGUACCCACGUAAGGUUGUUCAGAAUCCCUUUUUCCUUUUAACCAUGUCAGUUAUUCUCAUCAUUGAAGCUGUAACUUUGUACUGUGGUUAUGAGCUUCCUAUUCUGAUAAUACUUAUUGACCAUAUCAGAUGGUAUGGUUAUUUAUUUUGAUUGUUAAAUUUAAGUUGUGGGCAUUCAGGUA